AUGGUUUUGCCCCAGUUGCAACAGCCCGCUCAUGUGGAUCCUCGCGGGGGCUUUAUGCUGUUUCGAAAGCCAAGAAAAAGUGCUCGGGAGACCCACCGCCAGCGCGGGGCAGCUUCCCCCAGCCCUGCGCGGCCUAACCGGGCGCCCUGCGACGCGGCCCUUCCGCCUCGCCCCGGUCCGGGCGGGACAGAGCGACGGGGCCGCGCGGCGUCGGCGCCCGGGGAGGCCGGGAAAGGAGCAGCCCCGGGCCUCGUCGCGGGGCGGCCGCGGGAGGAGAGGCCCACCGGCCCUUCCCUCGCCCCCCGCUGCUUCCCCGGGACCGACGGGCAGCGGCUGCCCUGCGCGGAGGGCCUGCCCGGCCGGGGCCCCUUCGGCGACGCUGCCUACGCGUUCUCUCCCGUGAAGCGGCGAGGGGCGGAAGGCGGCGGCGGGCCUCCUGCGGCCCAACAGCCGGAGCGUGGAGCUUCUUGGAAGCAGAACCGCCUGGGUGUCUGGGCGCGAGGAAGGGCGGGCGCCGGGAUCGGCCUGCGCGGGAUUUUGAAGCGCUCAGAGCCUGCCGCGCAAACUGUUCCCCCCACCCCGGUGGGGCACAGCGGCGGGCGGCCGGGCGGCUUGGCUGCGGAGCAGGGGAACCCGCUCUUCUGCUGCACAAGCCGGCCCGGGGAAGCGCGCGGACCCUCGCCCUGCUGCAGGCUGCGCGGGGGCGGGCAGCUAAGUCCCGGGCUGUGCUCAGACGACCCCCUUCGGUUGAGCGGCUGCUUUUUCCGAAGAGACUCCCUGCGACCCCGCCCCGAAACGAGCCGUCCCGACGUCCCCAGCAGAGACGCAUCUUGGGCGGCCCCCACCCCCUCUCUCCGGACCCCGAGCGCCCACCCGGGAAAGCGGAGGAGGGACCGCGGCAUGCCCCCGCCUGGCUGGCGCGAGGAUGUUGCCGAGCCCUCCUGGAAAGGCCACUUAGGCCUGGCUCGGGGUCAGGCUUAA